AUGGCGCCUCCACCGCACUCCAAGCCGGAGAACACACUGAAACGUGCCCAAGAACUCAUCGGAGUCGAGCAGCAGCAGGCUGCCCUCCAGCUACUCCACGAACAUGUCACCUCGAAGCGCACCCGCAACAGCCCCAUCGCCUCGCUCGAGCCUGUCAUGAUCCUCUUUGUCGAGCUCUGUGUCGACCUACGCAAGGGCAAGCUGGCCAAGGACGGUCUCUACCAGUACAAGAACACCGCCCAGAACACCAACGUUGGCACCAUCGAGACUGUCUUCAAGCGCUUCAUCGAACUCGCCGAGCAAAAGGUCACCGAGGCCCAGGCCAAGGCAGACGAGGUUCAGUCCUCGCUCGAGCCCUCUGACGACAAGAACGUCGACGAUCUAGAGGCCACCGAGACGCCCGAGUCGAUCCUCCUCUCCACCGUCUCUGGCGAGCAAUCGCGCGACCGCACCGACCGUGCCAUUGUAACACCAUGGCUCAAGUUCCUGUGGGAGACCUACCGAACCGUCCUGGACAUCUUCAAGAACAACGCCCGCCUCGAGCUCAUGUACCAGUCGACCGCCCACCAGGCCUUCCAGUUCUGCUCCAAGUACGCCCGCAAGACCGAGUUCCGUCGUCUCUGUGAGCUGCUCCGCAACCAUUUGCAGAAUGCCGCCAAGUUCUCCUCUCAGAUGCACGCUAUCAACCUGUCUGAUCCAGACACCCUACAGCGCCAUCUAGACACCCGCUUCCAGCAGCUGAACGUGGCCGUUGAGCUUGAGCUGUGGCAGGAGGCCUUCCGCAGCGUCGAGGACAUCCACACACUGCUCAGCUUGAGCAAGCGCCCAGCCAAGAACAUCAUGAUGGCCAACUACUUCGAGAAGCUUACUCGCAUCUUCUUGGUCAGCGAGAACUACCUCUUCCACGCUGCCGCCUACAGUCGAUACUACAACCUCCUUCGCCAGUCCGCUGCAGCCGUUGCAUCUGGCCAGAGCCCCAAGAAGGAUAACCCUGCUGUCACGGAAGCCGACAUGACCAAGGCUGCUUCUUUUGUACUCCUCUCUGCUCUCGCCAUCCCUGUCAUCAGCACUUCCCGCUCCCGCGGUGCUCUCGUUGACGUUGACGAGGCAAGGAAGAACAAGAAUUCACGCCUCACCAACUUACUCGGCAUGUCCCAGGCUCCCACCCGUGCCAUUCUCUUCAAGGAUGCUCUCAGCAAGGGUCUGCUCAAGCGUGCCCGCCCUGAAAUUCGCGAUCUUUACAAUAUCCUCGAGGUCGAUUUCCAUCCCCUCUCCAUUUGCAAGAAGAUCUCCCCAAUCUUGUCUCAGAUUGGUGCUGAUGAGGGAAUGGAAAAGUACGUUGGCCCGCUCCAGCAGGUCAUCCUUACCCGCCUGUUCCAGCAACUGUCUCAAGUCUACGAUUCUGUUGAGAUCAAGUUCGUGCUUGGCCUCGCCCAGUUCCCUGAGCCGUUCCACGUCAGCGCCGGUACCAUUGAGAAGUUUAUCAUGAACGGAUGCAAGAAGGGAGACCUUGCCAUCCGCACCGACCAUGCUACUGGUGUGCUCACCUUCGAUUCUGACGUCUUCUCCUCGGCUAAAGCUAUGCACCCCGGUUCAGGUGCCGGAUCAGCCGAAACUGAGUCUCGCUCUGUUCAGCGUCUGCAGAGCACCCCAGCUGAGAUUGUCCGAUCUCAGCUCACUCGUCUCGCUAAAUCACUCUUUGUCACUUGCCAAUACGUCGAUCCUUCGUUCAACUCGGAACGGCAGCGCAAUAAGGAGGCCGCUCUUGCACGAGCCAAGGAAGGCGCCGAGAAGGAGCAUCAAGAGAUACUCACCCGCCGCGACAUUAUCUCCCAAAAGAAGGAGGCUGCGCUCAAGGCUCAACAGGCCAAGGAGAAUGAAGAGCAGACCAAGAGGCUCAUUCGCCAACAACAGAUCAAGGAUGAGGAAGCUCGACGCCUGGCCGAAGAGCAGAAGCAACGUGCUGAACAGCGCAUCAAAGCUGAACAGAAGCGCAUCCAACGUGAGGAGAUGGAGAAGCAAAUCAAAGAGCUCAAGGCGACUACCAAGGUCGACAUUGAGCUUCCUGAGGAUCUUGACGAUCUCGAUUCCCAGAGAAUACGCUUCUUGAAGCUUCAAGCUCUUGAGAGGGAGAAGAGCCAGCUCGGCGAGCAACUCCGCAUUGCCGGCAAGCGUAUCGAUCAUUUGGAGCGAGCCUACCGCAAGGAAGAGAUUAAGCAUCUCAAGACUGACUACGAGAAGCAGCAGGAAGAAGAUCUCGCAGCAUAUGAGAAGGCCAAGGCUGAGGAACUGAAAGAGUCAGAAGAGAGGCACAAGGCAGACGUCGAACUCAAGCAUCGUCUGUCAAGGCUGGUUUCCCCAUACCAGACCUUCGUCAAGACCGUCAAGGAACAACGCAAGGCUGAGUUCGAGAAGCGACAGAAGAUUGCACAGAAGGAGCUCGAGAGCAAGAAGGCCGCACGUGUCAAGGAGGUCAAGGAGCGUAUCGCUAGGGAGAAGAAGGAACGCGAGGAGGCCGAACGUCGCCAGCGAGAGGAGGAAGAGCGCGAGCGGGAGGAAGCGGAGGCCAAGGCCAAAGCUGAUGAGGAGAAGCGCGCGAGAUUGGCGGAGAUUAAGGCACAGAGGGAGGAAGAGCGAGCUGCCGCUAUGGAGCAAGCGCGUCUUCAAGCUCAGCGCGAGGAAGAGGCCAUGGCCAAGCGGAAAGCUGGUGCCGGUGCCGCCCGUGCUGUUCCGGACCGAACGUUCUCUCGCGAGCCAGCUGCGGAGUCUUCUUCGGCUUCUGGCCCACCAAAGAUCGCCCUCCCUGGCGGCAAGCCCAGCUGGCGAGAGCGUGAGGCCAUGAAGGCCGCGGGACAAACUCCUCCCCCUGCCAGCUCAUCUCCAGCGCCCGCACCGGCAGCUGCUUCACCAGCUCCUGAGACCGAAGCCCCCAAGAGGAGCGGGUACGUCCCACCAGCACUCCGCCAGGGAGGCGCUCCUGGGGGUGGAUGGCGCGAGCGUGAGGCUAGCGGCAGCGGUCGCGCGCCUCCUGCCCGUGCCGAGCGUCCUGAGCGCACCGAGUCUCCUGUUACUGGUGGCCGAUUCGAGGCUGCUCGCGGAGGAGACCGAUGGGGUUCGGACAGGAAGGCAUCGCCUGCCAACGCCGGUGGCUAUGUCGCCCCUGGUGUCCGCAGCAGUGCACCAGCCCGUGAGGGUGACGGCGAGCGUGAGUCUAGGCCUCCUGCGCAAGCACCGGCUGGUGGGAAGUACGUCCCUCGUCAUUUGAGGGACAGGCAGUAG